AAGCAAUUACUACGAGACAAAAGUCUACUUAUCCACUCAUACCACGAAAAAACUCACACUUGCUUGAUUCUUCUUCCAUGGCUUUAUCCUUUGUUUCUUCAACUAGAUUCUCCAAAAAGAUGCAAUAUGGCCUAUGGUACAGUGGAUCCUUCACGCCACAAAUCAGUGUGAGAUGCUGUGAAAUCGCAAACGAGCCUCCACGACCAAAAUCAAAGCUCCAAGUCGGAUCACCAAUCAUCAUCGUCGAAGCCCCCAAAGUUAUAAAAACGGCGGCUUCAAUGCCUUGCCUUAGGGCUAACUCUGGCUUGGUCAAGCCUGGCGAUGUUGGAAGAAUCGUGUCGAGAAAACCGAAGGACUUGUGGGCAGUUCGACUAUCCAUUGGAACUUAUCUAUUAGAUGGUAAAUAUUUCAAAGCUUUAGAGCUUGACGAAGGAGAUAGUGAUUGACAUCAUAUCUCACGUAAAAUUUUCACAUUUAACUACAUCUUAUAUCAAUUUUAGGAUAUAAAUUUCUUACUCUAUAGUCUCUCUAAAACUGCUUAAGCUAUAUUUUUAA